AUGACGAUGAACGAAUUAAAAACAAAAAUUGAGCUCAUCGCUGGAAUUCCCACCGAUUUUCAGAGGCUUAGUUACUUGGACCAAGCACUCUUUAUCAGUGCACAUCGUGGACAUCUGGCUGCAGUCCGUUUCCUCAUACAGAAAGACAAGGUGCAGCUCCACUGUGAGAAAAACAACAAAGAGCACCACACUGAUGACAUUGCCGUGAAUAGACUGCGUAGGGGGAAGCCCUUUCAGCUGACAUUCCAAGUCAAACAACACUUCCAACCACAGCAGGAAUUCUUUCAACUUACUGUGCAGACAGGACCCAAUGGGCCGGAAGAGAAGGGCACACGGUCGUCAUUCGGCCUUCAUGUGUGUUCUGGCAUUGGCAAGCCAUGGAGCGUGCGGUUGAGCACAAGCUUUAUGGUGUCUGUCUGCUCUCCAUCCAAUGCCAGCAUUGGACUCUACACACUUUCUGUGAAGACUGGACCUACCAGCACUUCAUUAUUCCCAAUAGGAACACUGAUUGUUCUGUUCAAUCCCUGGUGUGAAGAUGACUGGGUGUACCUGCCUAAGGACGAAGAAAGACAGGAGUAUGUAAUGAGUGAACAGGGUCUGCUUUAUAGAGGGAGCUGGAACUGUAUUCAGACAAUGGCCUGGGACUUUGGACAGUUCGAAGAUGACAUUACUGACAUUUGCCUGAAACUCCUGGAUGUGAACCCAAAAUGUUUAAGAAAUGCGAUGGAAGAUUUUUCUGCACACUGCAAUCCCAUCUAUGUUGGCCGGGUGGUGAGUGCCAUGAUAAAUAUGAAUGAUUAUGACAAUGGUGUGUUAGAGGGAAGAUGGGAGAACUCGUACAGUGGAGGAGUCAACCCAGUGUCAUGGAGCAGCAGCGUGGACAUCUUACGGCAAUGGUCUAAAAAUGCAUGCUGUCCAGUCAAAUAUGGACAGUGCUGGGUGUUUGCUGCUGUUAUGUGUACAGUGCUGCGGUGUUUAGGCAUUCCAUGCCGUGUCAUCACCAACUUUGAAUCAGCUCAUGACACUAAUACCAACCUCCUCGUUUAUAUGUACAUGAAUGAAUAUGGAGUUGAGGAUGGGGAAGACAGCGUGUGGAACUUCCAUGUUUGGGUGGAGGCUUGGAUGAAGCGCCCCGAUAUCUCUGACAAAUCUGUCUAUCAUAUUGGUUGGCAGGUCCUGGAUCCAACGCCACAGGAGAAGAGUGAAGGUGUGUACUGCUGUGGUCCAGCUCCAGUGAAGGCCAUCCUUUCGUGCCUUUCGUGUUUGCAGGUCAGUGCAGACAUAGUGAAAUGGAUAGUGAGGUCUGAUGGCUCCAAGAAAAAGAUCUGGACAGAUACAUCCUCUGUUGGACAGUUUAUCAGCACAAAGGCUGUGGGAAGCGACAAGAGGUUGGACAUCACCAAUCAAUACAAAUAUCCAGGCUCAAAAGCAGAGAGAGAUGGGUUCAACCGUGGUGUGAGAAAUAUGGCCACUUCUGAUGACACUGAAGAUGUUCCAGCUUCUCUACACAGUAUGCCAUAUAUGUAA